AUGGAUUCAUCAGAUCUGCAGAGAGAGGACCCCGUCGGGCCAACCAAAUACGAUUUGGACUGGGCGGAUCUAGUCACCCUUGACCUUUCUCAAUUCGACGUGCCUGGAGGAAAGACCAAACUGGCAAAUCAGCUGAAUAAGGCUAUCCAAGAGAUUGGUUUCUUCUAUAUCUCAAACGUUGGAUUGACGCCUGAGCAAGUGGAUCGCCAAUUUGCCAUCGGGCGCAAGAUUCUUGAACUUCCCGAAGAAGAGAAGCUGAAGCACCGUGCGGACCUUGAGGGCGGCAGUUACAAUGGCUACCGACCCCUAGGAUCCAUUGAGAUACUUCCUGGUCUUUACGACAAUGUCGAAUUCUACAACGUCUUCAAGUUCACGGACAAAUACAAGCGAGAACAUCCCGAAAUUGUUCAACAGUAUUAUUCUGAGAUCGAAAUCUUCCACCGUCACAUUCAUGAGAAUAUCGCUUUCAAAUUACUUCAGCUCGUCGCCAUCAUACUGGAGGUGCCCGAAGAUACCUUGACCAACCGCCACUCAUACGAGGAUGACAGCGAAUCCUUCCUACGGUACAUGCGCUACCGCAACCGCAGCACCAACGAAAACUCCAAAUUCCAAGAGCUCUACCUGCGCGGCCACACCGACUUUGGUAGUCUAACUUUUGUCUUCUCACAGCCUAUUGCGGGGUUGCAGGUGAAGACGCCGGAUGGGAACUGGAAAUAUGUCAAGCCACAUCCCGGGAGCAUUGUCGUCAACACUGCCGAUUGUUUACAAUUUUGGACCAAUGGAUACUUGCAAAGCAGUAUCCACCGAGUUGUUGUUCCGCCGGAGGACCAGAGACAUGUUGAUAGAUUCGGGUUGUUGUACUUUGCUCGGCCGACUGACAGCAUGGAUCUGAAGACAAUGGAAAGUCCACUUCUGCGCAGGCUGGGUCUCAAAAAUGACAAGGAUGAGAAAAAGAGCGAUGAGCCGGCGCUCGAGGUGGGUGAGUGGGUUCGAUCUCGGGUCAAGAAGAACUGGACCCGCUCACCGGAGGACAAUGACCAAACUAUUUCUGUAGGGGGUUAUAAGGCGAAGAUCUUCUACCAGUGA